AUGAAGCUCUCUCCCUGGCUGCGUACCACAGUCGUGGGGCAGGUAGUGCAGUAUUGCAUGUCCCGUCCCGAUGCGCCACUGGUCAAAGACGAUAUUAGCAUCGAGUACGCUAAAGAAGAAUUAAGCUCCGAAGACAUUAUCGUGGUAGACUGGGAUGGUCCUGAUGACCCUGAAAGUCCCCAAAACUGGCCGACUCUCUAUAAGGCAUGGGUGACAGCGUUAAUCUCAAUCUAUUCCUUUGUGGUUUACUGCGGCUCCUCCAUCGUCGUGCCCAGCUAUCAGGGCGUUGUGAUGCAGUUUGGGACAUCGCAUCACGUUGUCUCCCUGAUACUCGCUCUCUACGUCAUCGGGUACGGCGCAGGUCCAUUGCUCUUCUCGCCAAUAAGCGAAGUUGCCUCUGUUGGCCGCAAUCCACCAUAUAUCAUCUCCUUUGCCAUCUUCCUCGUCAUCUCCAUUGUUCUGGCAACAGUCAAUAACUUCCCUGCCAUUGUCGUGCUCCGCUUCUUCCAAGGCUUUUUCGGCAGCCCAUGCCUAGCCACCGGUGGCGCAUCCCUUCAAGACAUCUACUCGUGGAAUGCAGUCCCCUACGCCUUCAUCGCCUGGGUCAGCUGCAUCUACUGCGGCCCAGCACUGGGUCCUCUUUUCGCCAGCAAGAUUGUCGAAACACGAUCCUGGCACUGGCCGUUCUGGGAGAUUGCCAUGAUGGCCGGCCCCAUCUGCAUCUUCAUGGCGUGCCUCCUGCCCGAAACCUACGGCGAGACCAUCCUCCUCCAUCGAGCACGUCGUCUCCGACGCCAAACCCUCAACUCCUCCCACCAGCCCACCAUCCUCGCGCCCAGCGAACUCAAACCCAUCCCCUUCAGCACACACCUUCGCGAGACCCUCUCCCGGCCCAUCGAGAUUUGCAUCAAAGACCCCGCCAUCGGCUUCACCUGCCUCUACACCUCCUUCAUCUACGCCAUCUACUACUCCUUCUUCGAGGCCUUCGACCUCGUCUACAUGAACACCUACCAUAUGGACCUCUUCUCCUUCAGCCUGAUCUUCGUCUCCAUCGUCAUCGGCUGCGUCGUCGCCGCCGCCCUCUACGCCCUAUACCUCCUCCGCCGACCCACCUCGCAACAAACCCUCGUCGACACCAACAACCUCGAAGCAUGUCUCUUCCCCGCCCUCCCCGCCGUCUGCUUCACGCCUAUCGGCCUGUUCGUGUUCGCCUGGACCGCCCGGGCAUCCGUCCACUGGGUAGUCCCCACCCUCGGCAUCGCCCUGUACGCCGGCGGCACGUUCGUCACGUUCCAGGGCAUCCUGGUCUACCUGCCGCCGUCGUAUCCGCAGUACGUGGCUUCGCUAAUGGCGGGGAACGACUUUGCCCGGUCAGCGACGGCUGCAGUCUUCAUUAUGGUGACCCCGUACAUGUAUGAGAAUCUGGGCAUUAGCAAAGGUGUGACCAUUCUGGCGGCUAUUUCGUGUCUUGGGGUGGUGGGGAUGUUUGUGAUUUGGAAGUAUGGGGCGCGCAUGAGGGCGAGGAGUCGGUUUGCAGGGUGA